AUGUUUAGAAAUUCGAUUAACAAUCUUUCAAAUAAGAUAAACAAAAGACAAUUUGAAAGUUUUUUUUCAACUAUCAAAUGCAUCAAUAAAAAUGAAAGAAUAAUAUUUAUAAAACCAACUAUUUUAUCAUCUAAAUCAAAAAGUUCAAAUAUAAAAUCAUCAACAUCAUCAAUUUUUAAUAUAAAUAAUAAUAAUAAUAAAUUCAAUACUAGAUUCUAUUCAACAAAAAAUGAAAAAAUAAAUGAAAAUAUCAAUAAUAACAACAAUAACAAUAAUGAAAAUAAUAAUGAAAAUAAUAAUAAUCAACAAAAUGAAAAUUUUAAUUUCGAAUUUUUAAAUAGAAAUAAAAAAAGAAUAUUAUAUUCAGCAGGUAUAGUUUCAAUGGGUUUAUUUUCAGUGUAUGGAGGAUCACCAAAUGAUAACAACAACACUGACGAUUAUAAAAAACAAAAUGUUUAUGAAUUUUAUGGAUUUAAAAUUAAGGAAAGAGAUUUGGUUAUUGGGUCUAUUAUCGCAUUAAACACAAUCAUAUUUGCUCUGUUAAAGAACCCAGCAUUCUACCAGAAAUUUGCACUCCACUUUUACUGCUCACCACAAACCAUCCAAAAAUACCCAGCUUCGAUUAUACUUUCAACAUUUACACAUACGGAAGUUCUUCAUUUCGCAUUCAAUAUGUAUGCUUUAUUCAACUUUGGUGGUGUAGUUUAUGAUAGUUUGGGAUUCCGUGAUUUCCUUUUGCUCUACGUAUUGGGUGGUUUAGUAGGUUCAAUGUCUUCACUUACAUUCAAAUUGAUGACCAAAGGUUUUGAAAUCCCAUCGAUUGGUGCUUCAGGUUCCAUUUUAUCGAUUGUCGGUGCCUCUGUGUUCCUAGAAAAAGAAUCACGUCUCUCUAUUAUGUUUUUACCAAUCUCAUUCGAACCAAUUUCAUUCAUUCAUUGUCUAAUGUUAUUCGAUUUAGCUGGCUGUUUAAUUAGACCACUUAGCAAACUCACAAGUUGGGAUCAUGCUGCUCAUUUUGGUUCAACUCUUUUAGGCUAUUGCAUCGGCCAUUCCUAUCAAUAUAAAACUCGUUUCCAAAACUUCAAUGGUCAAGGCAAAAUGAAUGGUGAUGGCUUCUACUACAAUGGUACCAUUAAAAAUGGUGAAUACUCUGGAUAUGGUGAAUUAAAAGAUCCAAGAUAUAUUAGAAGAGGUGUAUUCCAAGAUGGUAGAUUUUUAGCAGGUGAAAUUACUUUAAGAGCAACCGGCCAAAAGAAAAUAUUCCAAAGACCACCACAACAACCAGGAAAUAACUAA